AUGUUGAUUUUCUCUUUCCAGAAGCAGCCAUCCUACAUACAGCCACACUACAGACUGAGCCUCAGAGACGUACCUUUUGUUGCUGGAACGUCAGUAGGCUGCAGCCACUCAGUCCGAGCAAACGUCCAGUCCGUUUUAUCUCUCCUAAAGCGACACCAGCCGCACCUCUGCAACAGCCGUGUCCUCUCUAGGAAAGCAAACAGCUAUGAGACAGGUAGUAGUCCCAGGCGUUCAGACAGCUCAUCCUCUUCCUCCUCUGCAAGCGAAGAGGAGCUAUCAGAGCUGCUACAAGCACUACAGGAGGAGCUGCGAUUCAUGAGCUUGGAGCAGGAUGAGUUGAUGAGGCAGGUGGAGGCCAGCGUGUCUGACCAGGAGAGCAAAGAACUUCAGAGGGAGCAGGAGAGGCUGCUGCUGAAAAUGGAGAGGAAAGGAGAGCAGAUCAGUAAGCUGUACAAACACAGAACACAGAUAAAGAAGUUAAGAAAGGAAACCAGUUCUAGGCGGAACAAUGGGAAUGAGGUGAGGAUGACAACCACAGCGUCCACUAGAGGUCGCUCUGCUGCAGCAGUCAAAGUCAGACCAGGAGAGAGGAGCAAGAGGAACCUGCGGCUGCUGAGGGACAUGAGGGCGCUGCAGACCUCACUACGGACCUGAAACCCAUCACAUCAACACAGCACACUGGGUUGUUGUUGAUGGUGCUAUCUACCUACCUCUGGCCAUUAUUUCACCAUCACAGAGAUACUGACAGAUGAUCUCUACAGUUUGUCUGUUCAUAAACAUAUGACCUAUGAUCCCUUGGGACCUUUUUUCUACUGUAUUAAGAAGAUGUAACCCAUCUAAAAAAAUGAUGUUUUAAACCACACUUCAGUUGUCUGCAU